AUGGGAAGAAGAAGAUCUAAAAGAAAGCCAGCACCUAAAAGAAGGGCAGAUCCCCUGGAUAAACAAUUCAACUGUCCUUUUUGCAACCACGAGAAGUCAUGUGAAGUUAAAAUGUAAGUCCUCUGGUCUUGAGCAGUCAAAACAAACGCACGCAUGGCGUACGUGCUUAAAUAUUUCUUGAAAUUUAACUAAAAACGUUCAAUAUUGUGCUUCUUUAUAUUGCGCUGCGAUGUUCUCGAAGAACUGAAAUUUAUUGCUUGUCAAAGGACUUGAAUUUUUAUUUUUAGCUGCACCGAAAGUAAUUGUGGAAUUGAUUGUAAUUGUUUUUUCAUACAUCCUCUAUUUUACCUUAUUUUACCACUAAGAACACAGUGUUAGCUUACCCUUAAAGAUUAACAUUUGACUGUUUUGGUGUUGUAUUUUCAGGGAUCGGGUUAGAAAUACAGGGCAUAUAUCAUGUCGAGUUUGUUUGGAAGAUUAUCAGACAUCCAUUACAUGUAUCCUUUAG